CGUGAGCCCGUAGACUAUCUAAUCUUCAUCUCUUCCACUCUCCCUUUUUUCUUACUGUUCAGUUGUUCUGCCCUACAUCGAUCGUCGUUGCCAUGGCGGAAAUGUCUCUUGAUCCAAUUAUGGAGAAGAUCAUCAGCUUUUGCUUCCGUUACGUGGAAGAUCAAGUCAGAUGGAAGAGACGCACGAAGGAGGAGCUGCGAAGGCUGCGAGAGAAGUACCCCAAGAUCCAAGCUGUCGUCCACUUUGCUUCCAGCCAAGAGCAGAUCACAGAGAAAUAUCCGGCUCUUAAAGAAUGGCUAUGGCAGCUACAAGAUGCCAUUGAUGAUGCAGAUGACGUGGUUGAUGAGCUGGAGUACAUGGAACUUGAAAAACAGCUGGCCAAAAACAAGAAGCUGAGAAGGGUGCGUUCCAUCAUGAAAUCCAUGAAGAAAAAACUCGUCAAAAUUGGCAACCGAGUUAUCAAAAGAGAUCCCAACUUCAAGCGACUGGAGGAGGCUGUGCAGAAACUUGAUGAAGUUUCGGCUUAUGUUACUAAUUUCCUUAAACUUUUUGAAGGCUCGAAGCAGGAACAGGAGCAGGAGGUUGAUUUCUACAGAACACGUGAAACAGGAUAUUUGCCUAAAAAUGAUCUCAUCGGGCGGCUCAAGCAUAAGGAGUUUGUUAUGCAGUGGUUGAGGAAGCCAUCAAAUGAGUCUCGGACAACUUGGUACAGAAACAUUUCUAUUCUAUCUAUCGUGGGACAUGGUGGUAUGGGAAAGACAACUCUCUUGCAGCAUGUUUAUGAAGAUGAAAUGACAAAACAAUUUGAUCUUAAAAUGUGGGUUUGUGUUUCCAACAACUUUGAUGCUAAAAAAGUCAUUGCAGAUAUGUUGGAAUGUCUUAAGAAGGAGAGGCCUCGUUUGGAGACACUUGGACCACUUCAAGGGGUUCUUAAGGAGGAGCUGAUGUCCAAAAAGUUCUUGCUUGUGCUGGAUGAUAUUUGGGUGAAGGAUGAGGAGAAGGAUAAAAGCAAAUGGGAAGAUGUGCUCGCCCCUGUAGUUUCUGGGGGUUUUGGUAGUAAGAUUCUGGUAACAACUCGAACGGACUCGGUAGCACUGAUUUUUGCAGAGGUAAUCCAAAAGGAGGUGGAAAAAGUUAAAUUAGAGGGCCUAGAUGAAGAUGAGUGUUUGCAGCUCCUCAACUCUCAUGCAUUUGCUGGUGUAGAGAAUCCCCCUGAUGAUUAUAAAAAAUUAAGAGCCAUUGCCGAAGAGAUAGUUAAAAAGCUUUUAGGAUCUCCAUUGGCUGCUAAAGUCAUUGGUGGUGUUCUGAAGAACAACUUGGAUGAAAGGCAUUGGAGGACAGUUCUAGAAAGCGAUUUAUUGGAUCAGAAUUCCAUCAAUUCCAUCUUAAGACUGAGCUAUAUAGUUCUGCCAAAUCAUCUACAAAAUUGUUUUGCAUUUUGUUGUAUGUUCCCACAAGAUCAUACGUAUUAUAAAGAUGAUAUAGUCCGAAUGUGGAUUGCAUUGGGUUUCAUUCAGCCAUUUCAAGGAACUAUUAUGGAGGAUAUCGGAGAAAGGUAUUUUAAUGUUUUAGUAAAAAAAAAUUUAAUUGACAAGGUCGGAGAUGACUACAAGAUGCAUAAUUUAAUUCAUGAGUCAGCAUCUAAAUUAUUUGCACAAAAAUGCGGUAAACUUGUGGUUGAUAAAGAGUCACCUCUCAAUCAGAUUUCUGAGACUAUUCGACACUUGUCUGUUCAAACUACAAAUCUAGACAUCUUAAGAAAGAUUGAGAAGUUUAAACAUUUGCAUUCUCUUUUCUUGUUCUACGAAGAUUCUAAUCAGGAUCUUGGCAGUGCACUUACUGAAAUAUUCAAAGCAUCAAGAUGCAUGCGCUUAUUAUACAUACGUACUGAUCAUAAAUUGGAAAUGAUACCUGAGGAGAUUAUAUAUUUGAAAUAUCUUCGAUAUUUGAAGAUAGAAAGAGUUAAAUCAUUUCGUUUCAAUAGGCUUCCAAGAUCUCUAAGUAAUCUCUAUCACUUGCUAUACAUAAUUUAUGGUGGCCCAGGGCUACUAAUCCAACCUGAAGAUCAUGAUUUCUUAUCAAGUGAAAUUAAUAACCUUUCUAACUUGCGUUACCUGGAAUUGCCCGUGGGUUCUUAUUUUGUGAUAUGUGGGAUUGGGAAGCUAAAGUUUCUUCAAGAACUGAAUAUGUUUGAAGUUAGAGAUGUGAGUGGUUAUAGAAUUGGGGAGCUGGAGAAUAUGAAUGAUCUUUGCAAAUUAGGAAUAAAUUGCCUUCAAAAUGUUAAGGAUGCUGAGGAGGCUUGUAGUGCCAAAUUAUGUGAAAAGAGGAGGCUCACAAAUUUGGACUUACGUUGGAGUGACACUGAUUCGAGGAACAUCAAUUUAGAUGAGUACGUGCUCGACAAGCUUCAGCCACCAAAAGGUCUAAGGAAUUUGAGCGUAUGGAGUUACAGGGGUGCAAGGUCUGCAAAAUGGAUGAACAAUGUCAAUUCGAUCUUCAAUCUAGAGAAAAUUGAAUUGCGAGAUUGCUUGGAGUGGGAAACUCUUCCUCCUUUCGGCCAACUUCCCUUCCUCAAGUCACUGAAACUUUCUGGCAUGCCGAAAGUAAAAUGGCUUGAAAGUAAAUUUAAUGGGAAUGAUAAAUACCGUGCUUUUCCAUUGCUAGAGGAGUUAUAUAUUUACGGAUUAGAAGCAUUAGAGGAUUGGUUUGAGGCAGGAGUAGCUGCUGAAGACGGAUGUUUGUUUCCUUGCUUAACUGAUCUGGUGCUGUAUAACUGCCCGAAGUUGAAAGAGUUGCCCUCUUUGCCUUCUGAGCUCAAGAGCUUGACGAUACAUAACAAUAUGGAGUGGACGACUUUGAAUUUUCGUAGCAAUUCAAAUCCUAUUCCCCUUGAAACAUUAUAUGUCGCUGAAUGUCCAAACAUUAUAUCUCUUCCUCUGGCUGAUGAAAUUGCAAGACUUGCAGCACUAAGAAAGUUGAAAAUUGAAGAGUGCCCCAAUCUGAUCUCUCUCGGAGAAAUGCAAACCAGUAAUAAUUGCCAUCUCAUGCUCAGCGAUCUUAGCAUAAGUGAUCCAUUGGUGUUGCUAAUGGAGCCAUUGAGAAGUAUCGCCUCCUUAAAAAAGCUGACUAUUGAGAAUAAUGAUGAGAUGGGUUCAUUUCCAAAUGAGGCGGAGCAGUUGUUUCUGAAAGAUGGGUCAUCUCUUUGUGAGCUGGAAUUCCUAUUUCUGAAAUCCUUAGAGUCUCUCCCUUCCUCCUUGGAAGGCUUAUCUUCACUUCAGAGCCUAUGUAUUUUUGAAGUUCCUAUGCUUCGGGAAUUACCGAACCUUCCUCCCAAUUUAGAAUUUCUAUCAAUAAUUUGUGGGGAAUGUCAUCCAGAGUUUAAGGAGCGCUAUCGAGAGGAUGGAGGCUCCGAUAGGCACAAGAUUGCUCACAUUCCUCAUAUGGAUAUUCGUGCUGGAUAAUAGGUACAAGUACUUUUAUGAAAAUUUCCUUGAAGAAUGUAAUCUCCGCGUGAACCAGUUUGUAUAACUUGAUGGAUGUACUCAAUUUUAUUUAUGUAUUAUUUGAUGGCCCCUUUAUAUA